AUGAGGGAAGCUGGUUGCUGGUUGGACUGGAGAGGAUUCCAAUGUGGACAAUGUCCGCGGUCGCAUCAGAAGAAAGCUCUUUCUUCAUCUCUUGCAGGAGAGUUCAACGAACGUUCAACAAUCGCCCUCCACGCCAUGCUUGCCUACUUGGGGAUCACCCUGUAUCUGUCAUCCACCGUACUGGCAGACAGUGGACAGUACUAUGCGGCCCCUGGGCAGGUAUAUUCACCGUACAAGUUGGAUAGCAAGAAGAAACUAAGUCUCACGGCAAACGUAGGAAUCGGUAGUGGCAGUGGUUCUAAAAGACCAGGAUUCUACGUUGGAGGAGGGCUUGGGGCUGGAAUCGGAGGAGCAGGGAUUUCAGCAUCCGGAUCCAUCAGUAGUGGAGGAUAUAGACCUAGCGGCGCAGGAUCAUCAGCCACGGCUGGCUCUGCAAAUGGUGCAAACAAAAGACCUGGAAGUGGAGGAUCGGCAUCUACUGGAAGUGGUGGAGUAGCCGGUGGAUAUGGAGGAAGUGGAGGAGUAGCCGGUGGAUAUGGAGGUAGCACAGGAUAUGGUGGCUCAGGAGCCACAGCGACUAGUGGUUCUGGAAGUGGAGGAGUAUCCGGCGGAUAUGGAGGUAGCGCAGGUUAUAGUGGUUCAGGAUCAACAGCCAGCAGUGGUUCUGGAAGUGGUGGAGUAGCAGGUGGAUAUGGAGGUGGUGCUGGAUAUGGUGGUUCAGGUUCCACAGCGACUAGUAGACCUGGUAGUGGAGGAGUAGCGGGUGGAUAUGGAGGAAGCGCUUCAUAUUGGGGUUCAGGUUCAACAGCAACUAGUGGAUCUGGAAGUGGAGGAGUAGCCGGUGGAUAUGGAGGAAGCGCUGGAUAUAGUGUUUCAGGUUCAACAGCGACUAGUGGUUCUGGAAGUGGAGGAGUAUCCGGCGGAUAUGGAGGUAGCGCAGGUUAUAGUGGUUCAGGAUCAACAGCCAGCAGUGGUUCUGGAAGUGGUGGAGUAGCAGGUGGAUAUGGAGGUGGUGCUGGAUAUGGUGGUUCAGGUUCAACAGCGACUAGUGGAUCUGGAAGUGGAGGAGUGGCGGGUGGAUAUGGAGGAAGCGCUGGUUAUGGUGGUUCAGGUUCAACAGCGACUAGUGGAUCUGGAAGCGGAGGAGUGGCGGGUGGAUAUGGAGGAAGCGCUGGAUAUGGUGGUUCAGGUUCAACAGCAACUAGUGGAUCUGGAAGUGGAGGAGUGGCUGGUGGAUAUGGAGGAAGCGCUGGGUAUGGUGGUUCAGGUUCAACAGCGACUAGUGGAUCUGGAAGCGGAGGAGUGGCGGGUGGAUAUGGAGGAAGCGCUGGAUAUGGAGGUUCAGGUUCAACAACGACUAGUGGAUCUGGAAGCGGAGGAGUGGCGGGUGGAUAUGGAGGAAGCGCAGGAUAUGGAGGUUCGGGUGCCUCAGCGACUAUUGGAUCUGGAAGUGGAGGAGUGGCGGGUGGAUAUGGAGCAAAUGCAGGAUAUGGAGGUUUAGGUUCAACAACGAUUGGUGGAUCCGUAAGUGGAGGAGUAGCCGGUGGAUAUGGAGGAAGCGCAGGAUAUGGAGGUUCGGGUGCCUCAGCGACUAGUGGAUCUGGAAGUGGAGGAGUGGCGGGUGGAUAUGGAGGAAGCGCUGGAUAUGGUGGUUCAGGUUCAACAGCGACUAGUGGAUCUGGAAGUGGAGGAGUGGCGGGUGGAUAUGGAGGAAGCGCUGGAUAUGGUGGUUCAGGUUCAACAACGACUAGUGGAUCUGGAAGCGGAGGAGUGGCGGGUGGAUAUGGAGGAAGCGCUGGAAAUGGAGGUUCAGGUUCAACAACGACUAGUGGAUCUGGAAGUGGAGGAGUGGCGGGUGGAUAUGGAGGAAGCGCUGGAUAUGGUGGUUCAGGUUCAACAACGACUAGUGGAUCUGGAAGCGGAGGAGUGGCGGGUGGAUAUGGAGGAAGCGCUGGAAAUGGAGGUUCAGGUUCAACAACGACUAGUGGAUCUGGAAGCGGAGGAGUAGCAGGUGGAUAUGGAGGAAAUGCAGGAUAUGGUGGUUCAGGUUCAACAGCGACUAGUGGAUCUGGAAGUGGAGGAGUAUCCGGUGGUUAUGGAGGAAGCGCUGGAUAUGGUGGGUCAGGUUCUACAGCGACUAGUGGUUCUGGAAGUGGAGGAGGAUCCGGUGGAUAUGGAGGAAGCUCUGGAUAUGGUGGUUCAGGGUCGACGGCGACUAGUGGAUCUGGAAGUGGAGGAGGAUCUGGUGGAUAUGGAGGAAGCUCCGGAUAUGGUGGUUCAACAGCGACUAGUGGAUCUGUAAGUGGAGGAGUAGCCAGUGGACAUGGAGGAAGCGCAGGACACACUGGUUCUGUAGGUAGUGGAUACGGAGGUAGUGCAGGAUAUGCAGGCUCAGGAUCUGUAAGUGGUGUCUAUGGUGGUUCUGGAGGAUCAACUGGAGCUGGCACAGGGUACGGAGGUGCUAACACUGGAACUCUUACCGUAGUGGGAGGACAGCCUGUCUGUGCAUGCCCAUGCAGUGGAUCUCGAGGAGGUUACCGGCAAACUGUCCCUGUUGAUGUGAUAUCAGUGUCAUUAACUCAGCAUUCUAGUCCUGCGAGUGUGUCUGCCCAGUACAAUCACCUGCUAGCGUCAUGUCCAGGAUUCGGAUUCGGGGCAAGCAACUCCUUCAGCCUUUCGGCUAACUUCGGAGGUGGCUUCGGCGGUGGUUGGCCUGGAUAUGGCGGGGCCGGAGGCUCAGGAUCCACUGCAUCAGCGACUGCCGGAGCCGGGGCAGUAGGUGGAGGAGCUGGUGGCGCAGGUGGAGGGGCUGCAGGAUCAACAGCCAGCGCCGGGUCUGGCUCUGUUGGAGCUGGAGGAGGCGGGGGAGGAUUUCCAUGGUGGUAUGGUGGAGGAUUCGGAGGAUCAGGAGCAUCAGCCAACGUAGAAUCUGUUAGUGGCGGAGCAGGUGGUGGAGUAGGCGGUGGUGGAGCAGGAUUUGGAGGAUCAGGAGCUUCAGCAAAUGCAGGAUCUGUCAGCGGUGGAGCAGGUGGAGGAGUUGGAGGAGGGGGAGCAGGAUUUGGAGGAUCAGGAGCUUCAGCCAACGCAGGAUCUGUCAGUGGUGGAGCGGGUGGUGGAGUUGGAGGAGGAGGGGCAGGAUUCGGAGGAUCAGGAUCAUCAGCUAAUGCAGGUUCUGUCAGUGGAGGAGCAGGCGGUGGAGUUGGAGGAGGAGGGGCAGGAUUUGGAGGAUCAGGAGCUUCAGCCAACGCAGGAUCUGUCAGUGGAGGAGCAGGUGGUGGAGUUGGAGGAGGAGGGGCCGGAUUUGGAGGAUCAGGAGCUUCAGCCAACGCAGGAUCUGUCAGUGGUGGAGCAGGUGGUGGAGUUGGAGGAGGAGGGGCAGGGUUCGGAGGAUCAGGAUCAUCAGCUAAUGCUGGAUCUGUCAGUGGAGGAGCAGGCGGUGGGGUUGGAGGAGGAGGGGCAGGAUUUGGAGGAUCAGGAGCUUCAGCAAAUGCAGGAUCUGUCAGCGGUGGAGCAGGUGGAGGAGUUGGUGGAGGAGGGGCAGGAUUUGGAGGAUCAGGAUCAUCAGCAAACGCAGGAUCAUUCAGUGGCGGAGCAGGUGGAGGAGUUGGUGGAGGAGGAGCAGGAUUUGGAGGAUCAGGAGCAUCAGCAAAUGCAGGAUCUGUCAGUGGAGGUGCAGGAGGAGGUGGGGGUUACAGACCUGGAGGUGCUGGAUACAGACCAGGAGGUGCUGGAUACAGACCUGGAGGUACUGGUUUCGGAGGAUCUGGAAGCACGGCAUCAGCAGGCUCGUUUAGUGGCGGUGUAGGAGCCGGUGGUGGCGGAGGGGGAGGGGGAGCGGGAUUUGCCGGUUCUUCUGCAUCUGCCAAUUCGGGAUCUUCCGGAUAUGGUGGCCACCCUGGCUGGGGUAGUGGAUUUGGAGGUGGAUUUUCACAAGCUAGUGCUUCCAGUUUUGGUGGAGCUGGAGGGUAUUAUGGUUGA